UUGGAAAGAAGUAAACUGUUAAUACAAGAAUCAAGAUCCUUGUUUAGUGCCCAAACUGACUCCUUCACUCAAAGGGGUUCACAGCUACAGUCUACAGAGGCGAUGGUGGUCACAACAAAGCUACUCAGUCUGCAGUUCCUCCAUCGGCCGCUCAAGGCUCGAAAUACCUUACUUCUCUUGCCCAAACUGACUCCUUCACUGUCUUUUUCUGUCCUGAAUCCCUCUGUCGCCGGCCUCAGAAAUUUCUCCUGCACUCGUCCAUUAUGUUCUAGCCUGAACCAUCCCCCUGAGGUCACACACAUACAUAUCUCUCUUUCGCUCCCUACAUAUUCAUUCUAUAUACCGUGUUUAGAAACUUGUCUUUUGCUACAUAUUCCAUUCUUCAUCGCACUUCGUUUUCCGAUUUUGCAGAACUACAGAUAUGGGUCAGAUCCAGUAUUCCGAGAAAUAUUUUGAUGAUACUAAUGAGUAUCGUCAUGUGGUUCUUCCUCCAGAAGUGGCUAAGCUGCUUCCCAAGAAUCGUCUUCUAUCUGAGAUUUCAAGUUAUUAACAGAGAAUGGGAUUUGGCUUAAAUAGCUAUAUUGGCUCUCGAUGGUGCCUCUAGUUGUCAUUAUAGCAGUUGGGACAAAGUUACAAGCUAUAAUAACUCAAAUGGCAGUUGAAAUCCAAGAAAGGCAUGCUGUUGUACAAGGCAUACCUCUAGUUCAAGUCUCAGACAAACACUUUUGGUUUUCCUGGCCUAAAUUAGUACUCCAUUUAAUUCAUCUAACUCUCUUUCAGUUUGAGUUUGGGUUGAGGUCCUGCUUUCAUAAGAACUUUAAACUUCAAAUAUUGAGAGUUAUUGUCGGGAUAGGGACACAGUUUCUGUGCAGUUACAUAACUCUUCCACUAUACGCACUUGUGACACAGCCAUCAUUUCUCCAGAGAUGCCUACGGUACAAAGUACAGGCAAAGCACAAAAGGAGGUUGAGAAGUGGUAAUGUAGUAUUCAACUACAGGUACUUUAACAAUAAAUUGCAGAGAACUGAAGUUACAGAAGACUUCUCUUGCCCGUUCUGUUUGGCCAAAUGUGCUAGUUUUAAGAAAAUUGUUUAGGGACUACAAGGUGUACAUGCAAAAUAUGAAAAUAUGAUUGUGAAGAUAGCUGAAUCUUUGCUGCUCUCAAGGAAUAUCUUAAUUACACUUAUUUCACUGCAAUCUUGGAGAACACUCGUACAACGAUUUUGAAGAUUUGGCUGACAUUCUGCUUUAUAUGUAGCAAGCUCUCGCUCAGUGUGGGUGUGGAUUUGGAUGGAAAGAAAAUGGAGCCCGAGAGCAAUGUUUCCCUUCUUGCUCUCUUCAAAAAGAAAAAGGAGAAGCCAAGGUCUUAGCAGGGAAAGUAGCCGAACCCCCACUCCAGCAGCAACUAAACCUGCUCUCAAUGUUUCCCAGAGGUUUCAACUCUACAUCAAUAUACCCACAAACAAAACAAAAGAGAUUCCCACAAUUUUCCGCAAAGAUAUAAAUUUCUUGUAGAGGUCCAUUUCAGGACAAGCAAAUGCCAACUAUCAAAUGCCAACUAUCGAUAUUUAGAAGCUCAAUUGGCUCAGUUAUUUAGAUUACAAAUAAGAAGACGUUUACUUAAUUGAAGAAAGUUUAUUCUAUGCUAAUGAGAACAUACAGAUGUGCGGCUCGAAGUUCUUCAUCGUUCAAAUGUCUAGGCGUCAAACUACUACUUGGGCGUGUUCAAGGUAAUUGAAUAUAGAAUGUGGAGGAAUAGAUAUAUUAAUUGCACCUUCUAUAUUUCUUUGUGGUCUUUUCCUUUUUGAUUGCACAUGUGGUUCAAAAAAAUGUGAUGCAAAUGUGGACAUUUCUUCAACAAUAUAAGAGUUGCAUAUAGAUACUUCCACUUUUACUUUA